AUGGCUAUAGAAACCAUCAGUAUCAUGCAGAAAGGCAGUACAGCAGGACGUUGCAUCGCAGAUAGCUCCGCUCCGCUCCGCUGUGUGUUUUCAGGGCGGAGCGCACCUUGUUCGGCUCAGUCGGUCCCCGCUCUGCUCCGCGCGUACUGCGGACCUUCACCGGACACCGGAGAGAUACCUGACGACAUUCCUACCGGCAAGCCACUAGACAGCUGGCUAAAGUGGAUGGACACGUUACUUCACUUGGGUCUGUUCCUGCAGCUGGCGGUUCGGGAAGCGACAGAAGCCAUCCACCCAGACUGCGCACUGGUGGUUCAGCACAUGAAGGCUCAGGAAGAAUGCAACCAUAUCCUAAAGCAAGAGGAGAACAACCACUCUGCCAAGACAGGCUGCCCAACACUUUGGGACAACAUCCGGUGCUGGUACCGUGCUGAGGUGGGACAGGUGAUCAGCAUCUCAUGUGCCAAUGUCUCCCAGCUGUUUGCUAAUAACCAAGGUUACAUCUAUAAGAACUGCACUGAAGAAGGAUGGUCUGAGCACUACCCAUCCUAUGAGGAGGCCUGUGAGUUUGCAGAGGAUGAAGAGACAGAACCAGAGACAACAUAUUUCUCCAACUUCAAACAGGUGUACACUGCUGGCUACGCCACCUCUCUUAUCGCUCUCAUUUCAGCUAUUUUCGUCUUCACUGUCUUCAGGAAGUUUCACUGCACCAGGAAUUACAUCCACAUCAACCUGUUCGUCUCCUUCAUCCUGAGAGCAAGUGCUGUCUUCAUCAAAGACGGUGUCCUUUUUUCUGAUGAAAACCUGGACCACUGCUUCAUGUCUACGACAUCCUGUAAAUCAGCCGUGGCCUUCUUCCAGUUCAGUAUUCUGGCAAACUACUUCUGGCUGCUGGUGGAGGGCAUGUACCUGCAGACGCUGCUUGCUCUCACCUUUGUCUUUCAGAAAAAAUACUUCUGGUGGUACAUACUCAUUGGCUGGGGUCUCCCAACAACAAUCAUAACAGCAUGGAUUCUCACUCGAAACUUCUAUGAUAACACAGGGUGCUGGGAUGACACAGAUGUGGCCUUCAUUUGGUGGAUCAUAAAAGCUCCAAUAACUGCAUCACUACUGGUGAACUUCAUUAUCUUCAUCAAUGUGAUCCGUAUUCUGGUCCAGAAGCUGAGAUCUCCCGGUGUUGGUGGCAAUGACACCAGUCACUUCAAGAGAUUGGCCAAAUCCACUCUGCUGCUCAUCCCUCUGUUUGGGAUGCACUACAUGGUGUUUGCCUUUCUGCCAGAACACACAGGUGCAGAGGCCCGAAUCUUCAUAGAGCUUGGUCUGGGAUCCUUCCAGGGAUUCGUUGUGGCCCUGCUUUACUGUUUCCUGAAUGGUGAGGUGCAAGCUGAGCUGAAGAAGAGGUUUUGGAAAUGGCAGACUCAGAGUUACCUGAGCUACAGUAAACGACGGCGCACACUGUUCACUGAAAGCAGCACGGUCACUCAGAUAUCGGUCCUGGACAAAUCCAGCCCCAAAGAUCAACCCGUCUCAGAUACACUCGCCCUCACGCACAGCCUCACACCCAGCAACGUGUCCACAGUCUGA